AUCAAUCGUCUCCUGUUGAUCAAAAAAAAAAAAUCAAUCGUCUCCUUUCAUCUUCUUUUCCAAUCUUCGUUACACAUAAUCAAUCGUUCACUUUAAUUCCAUCUUGAUGAUUUCCUUUGGCCUCCUCUCUUUCUCAUUCUUUUUUAGCUUUUUUAAAGUCCUUAUUAGAUCCAUCAUCCAGUGUCGCAUCUGCUACCCAUUCAGUGGCCUCAGCCUCAAAACGAAGAGAUUCUACUCGCCAUGGAAGAAGUUGAGUUCAAAGAAAAGGUUCGACAACUACGGCAAGUACGGGCUUCUGUGCGGUGCAGACGGGCCAGCACACCUGAUAGUGAACAGAGACCGGAGACCAGAGGCAUUGGGGAGAGUUUAAAACACCAGGAAUUUUUUUCAUGUACAUCGCGGGAUGGAUCGGGUGGGUGAGGAGAAACUACUUGAUAGCGAUUAGUGACGAGAAGAAACCAGCGAUGAAAGAGAUCAUCAUUGAUGUACAAUUCUCUUACAGACUCAAACCGAAGCUGUCAAUCUUCUCUACGGUGCCAAAACCCAGUCGAAUCCGGAGAACAGUGUGGGGAUCUUGACAAUGGCAGGUAAGGAGUUAGAGUCUUGACUACGCCUACCUCUGCUGAUCUUGGCAAGAUUCUGGCCUGUAUGCACAGUAUGUCUCUCUACUCAAAAGCAAUUUUUGUAAUUGUUGUUGUUUUGAAGGAGGCAUCAAUUUUACUGUCUUUUGACCCCUCGAUGUUGGAGAGUUUAAUUUGACAACAGCGAUCCAGAUUGCUCAGCUUGCUCUUAAAAAUUGCCAAAAUAAGAAUCAGCGCCAAAGUAUUAUUGUUUUCGCUGGAAGGACUGGAAACAAGCAGGGAGCAUGGGAGGGGAUGAGCCUUAACAGAGGAGAAGAACAGCUGAGGUGCAGUGACAACAUCACUGGAUUCUGCCUCCUCGAGAGUGGAUCAAAUGCAACACUGAUGGAUCUUUUCUUGAUGAAGAGCUCUCACUUUUGGACGUCAUUAAAAGCCAGGCUAGAAGAGCAACCAAAGUGGUCCUCCUCCUGCUUACCCCAUGCACGAUAGUCUGGCAACGAGAAGCCAGUGCAAGCAUCCCCUCUUCCACCACCUCCUCCUCAAGGAUAUCCUAGACAGCAUCAGAGGGGUUACGGCCCAAGAAACAUGCCGCAUGGAGCUGGACCUAGGGACUUUGUGAGACCUCCGUAUAUGGGGCAAGGUCCUGGGUUCAUGGUUGGUCCAGGUCCUGGUUUUCCCGGUCCUGUGUACUACUUCCCGGUUCCACCCCCUGGAGCUAUAAGAGGCUACCCUCCACGCUUUGGUCCGCACCCUGGUAACCAGGGUCCUCAAGCUCUUGACGAAAACCUUCAGAAUGAUCAGUACCUCAUUUCCUUAAUGGAUGAACAAGGAUGGGUUCCCAUCAAAAUCAUAGAUGACUUCAAAAGGGUUAAGAUGAUGAACAUGGAUGUAGAGUUUAUAGCAAAGAUAACUUUAAAAACUCUUCAAAGCAUACUGUUCUCGAGGGAGAUCAAAUGGUGGUCGACUAAGUUUGAAGCAAUUUCAUUCUGAUGGACUAAGAGGGAGGCAAACAAAGUAGCAGAUCAGUUACCAACUACUAGGCCUUUAGACAAUUCUUUUAAAUUUCAUUACCAUGUAUCACAAUAUAUCACUAAUCUUCUUCAUGAAGAUCAUGCAUGUGCUCUUGACUGCAUAUAGUAAUAAUAAACAUAGAGGUUAUAAAAAAUAAAAUUUAUAUUUUUCAA